ACUUUCCGACUCCAACACGAUCAUCAUAUAAAAAACGUUUAUCUCUGCGUGCACAACAGUAAUUAUAUAUAUAUAUAUAUAUAUAUAGACGAAGCUUCCUUUCCUUCUUGCGGACAAGCUAAGAAACUCCCUCUUUUUCGUGACUAGUCUUUCUCUGCAAACUAUCCUCUCUUCCAUCUCUAUCCUCCCUGCAAACCCUAGUUUUCUCUCUCUGUGUUCUUCGAUCGCUCAAAAAGAACUAGCAUUUUCGAUCUCUUACUAUGGCUUCUGGAUCGUCGGGACGUAAUGCUUUUGGCUCCGAUGACAUUUUUUGCUCGUAUGAAGAUUACGGAAAUCAAGAGACUUCUAAUGGCAGCCACUCGGAUCCUGUGAUUGGGGUUAAUUCGUCCAAGGAAUUCCAUAAAAGUAGAAUGGCAAGAUCAUCACCAAUUCCUGUUUCAACCUACAGUCCCCCUGAAGAACCUCUUAACCAAGAUGUGAUCUCUACUGUUGAAAUGACCAUGAAGAAAUAUGCUGACAAUCUCAUGCGUUUUCUUGAGGGAAUCAGCUCACGUCUGUCACAGUUGGAAUUAUACUGCUACAAUCUCGAUAAAUCCAUAGGAGAAAUGCGGUCUGAUUUAGUUCAUGACCAUGGAGAGGCAGAUUCAAAGCUUAAAUCUCUGGAGAAGCAUGUCCAAGAGGUCCACAGGUCAGUACAGAUCCUACGAGACAAGCAGGAGCUGGCUGAAACCCAGAAAGAACUAGCCAAGCUUCAGCUUGCACAGAAAGGAUCCUCUUCUGCAACGCUUUCCCAACAGAAUGAGGAGAGAGCCGCACCACCGGUUUCUGAUUCCAAAAAGACUGACAAUGCGUCAGAUGUGCAUAGCCAGCAAUUAGCUCUUGCUCUACCUCAUCAAGUAGCCCCACAGCCUACACUUCCCGCCAGAACUGUUGAGCAGCCGCAGCCGUUAGCACCCCUGCCGCCUACCCAACCACAGAAUGCAGUUCAAUCACAAACCUACUAUUUACCUCCAACUCAUGUUUUAAAUCCCCCCGCCCCAAGUCAACCAUCUCAGGGUCAAUAUCUGCCAUCCGAUGCUCAAUAUCGAACCCAGCAAAUGCAAGACAUCUCUAGGAUGACAUCACAGCCAACACAAACUCAAGUAAAUCAGACACCACAAAUCCACACAUUACCUCAGUAUCAGCAGCAGUGGCCUCAGCAGCAGUUACCCCAGCAGGUGCAACCACCGCAAUCCCAGACUAGACCCCCGCCAGCUGUGGUAUACUCUUCAUACUUGCCAAGUCAAAAUGCCAACCCCUCGCCUCCAGAGAUGCUUCCAAGUAGCAUGCCAAUGCAAGUGCAAUUUUCAGGAAUUCCUCAACCGGGUGUGAGCCAUUCAGAAGCAAUCCCUUACGGAUAUGGAGGGGCUGGCAGAACAGCUCAACUACAUGGUUCAAUUCCUUCGCCUCAGCAGCUCAAGCCCACUUUUGCAAUGCAGCCAGGUGAUGGGUACACAGUGGCUGGACCCCAUCCUUCACUCUCCCCUGGGAAUACAUAUACUAUGUAUGAAGGUGAUGGGGGAAGAAGGCAACAUCCACCCCAACAGUCUCAUUUCUCACAAGGGGGCUAUCCUCCAACAAGUGUUCCUCUUCAGAAUCCACAGCCAAAUGCUAGUGGCAAUCUUCAGGUUCGCCCACCACAAUUCGUGCGGAACCAUCCUUACAAUGACUUGAUUGAGAAAUUGGUGAGCAUGGGUUACAGGGGCGAUAUUAUUGUUAGUGUGAUUCAAAGGCUGGAAGAGACUGGUCAACCUGUUGAUUUCAAUGCUGUGCUUGACAGGCUGAGUGGGCAUUCCUCUGGCGGUUCUCAGAGAGGAUGGUCCGGGUAAGCAAAUCAUUCCACGUCCUUAAUCAUCAAUUUGCCACAACAACUAUUGCGUGUUUCUGGUCUAAUCUUCUAUCAAAUAAAUGGCUGAUGUAAUAUGCACGAAUCUUUUGGCACUCAUAUCUCUGUACAUCCGUGACCUUAAGCCAAUACUUUUUUACUGGCGGUCAUAUAUGAUAUCUGGCCAUAGAGAGGCUACCUAAGCAGUUUUUUGUGAAAACUUUGAAAUUGUUGGCAGUAUUGUUAGACCAUCAAUUUCGUUCAAUGUUCCCCUCAUAUUGCUUGUAUUAAAACCUGAAUUAUUGGAUAUGUGGACAAUAAUUCUUUUUUAUCUGAA